UCCUACUGGUGUGUCGCACUGGGAGGGAGCUGUGAGUGUAAGCAGACCGGGUUCAGUCCUCAGGUCAGGACCUGUGCAGGCUGAUAGCAGUGAGGAGUCCCAGACGAGGAUUCAUCCAAGUGUGAGCACCAACAAGACUUUGGGUCUCUUGUGCGUAAAAGGACUGGAGAGGGACAAAACCAGCACGGACUAAUCUACCCAACUGGGUGGGGGUUGGGUGUUUUUUUGGAGGGGUACCAGUCACUCACACACACACACACACACACACACACACACACACCAUCCCCCAGCAGCUCCACAGCUCUCCUAGUCAUUCCCAGUUGCGCGUAAAGUGGAUGUGCGUAAAACCACCGUGCGUAAAACCUGAAACCAUGCCGAGCAAGAGCAUCCAGCAUCUGCGUCCCAGGCUGUGCACGCUGGAGAAGGGGGACAACGGGUACGGCUUCCACCUGCAUGGAGAGAAAGGUAAGACAGGCCAGUUCAUCCGCCUGGUGGAGCCCGACAGCCCGGCGGAGACGUCGGGGCUGCGGGCAGGAGACCGGCUGGUGUUCGUGAACGGGGACGAGGUGGAGAACGAGAGCCACCAGCAGGUCGUGUCCAGGAUCAGAGCCACUCCGGGCAGGCUGGAGCUGGUGGUGCUGGACCCGGAGACAGAGCAGCUGCUGAAGAAACACAGCAUGAAGUGUCUGAGGGAGUAUGUGUCCGAUGGGGUGCCUUUGCCUUUUGAUGAAGAGGAGGAGGAGGAGGAGGUGGAGGUGGUGGAGGUGGAGGUGGAGGAGAACGGGUCGGUAAACGGGGAUGCCAAAGAGAAGGAGGUGGAGGUGGAGGUGGAGGAGGAGGAGGAGACACCCAGGGAGUCCACGCCGGUCCUGGAGAGGAACGGAGAGAUCCACGUACACGUCGAGAAAAAGCUGAGCAUCAACUCUGAGAAGGAGGUGUCGUGCACUGAACUGCGGCCGCGUCUCUGUGUGAUCCAGCGAGGGUCGAACGGAUAUGGCUUCAACCUGCACAGCGAGCGGGCGCGGCCGGGCCAGUACAUCAGAGCGGUGGAUGAAGACUCUCCAGCAGAGUGGGCCGGCCUGCUGUCCAAGGACAGGAUAGUGCAGGUGAACGGUCUGUCAGUAGAAGGAAAGACGCAUUCAGAAGUCGUGGCCGCCAUUAAAGCCGGUGGGAAGGAGGCCCGUCUGCUGGUGGUGGACCCCGACACAGACGCCUUCUUCAAGAGGUGCCGAGUGACCCCCGCCUUGCACCACCUCAACGGUCCGCUGCCUGAGCCGGUGAUUAAUGGAGGAAUGGAGGAGAAGGUGAAUGGCAGAGGGGCCAAAGAGGCACAGAGGGACUCAAAGCUGUCAAUCAGUCCGUCUCCAUCCAACGCCUCGUCCAACACCUCGCUCACAACCCCGCCCACCAACACCCCACCUGAUGGGUUUAUCGCGGACACCAUCCCGGCUCUCAACAUGUCCCUGCAGCAGGUCAAAGAGCUCGCCCGCCAGAAACGCUCCAGCAAGAGAGCCCCGCCGAUGGACUGGACCAAGAAAAAUGAACUCUUCAGUAACCUAUAGGGCACCAAGGUCACCUCACACUGAUUUUAUGGUGAUUCUUACAAAAAGAGAAAGACAUUUUUUUUAUCAUCAUGACAUUAAAAAGUGCAGAUUAACUAUUGGCAUCAGACAAAUCAAUUCUGUAAAAUAUAGUAUCCUUAUUAUCAUUAUUCUUCAUGCUAUUGUAUAAUCCAGAUAUUAAAUAUAUAUAUAAUAAUGAGUAUAAUGUGAUACUAACAAUGAGAAAUGCCAAUGAAAGAGAACUGGACCAUGUUGAAAAUGUGUGUGUGUGUGUGUGUGUGUGUGUGUGUGUGUGUGUGUGUGUGUGUGUGUGUGUGUGUGUGUGUGUGUGUGUGUGUGUGUGUGUGUGUGUGGACCCUGACAGUCCCUGCUGGUCAGAGUCUGGUGCCUGAGGAAGCGAGGAGGAGUUGAUCGUUAUGUUUAGUUUAAUGAUCCUCCUCCUCUUCUUCCUCGUCUGCUUAUCCGUCUUUUUUUUUACUAACAUUAAAAACAUCAUAAUGUCAAAGAGCAGGAGAUAAACCGGCCCGACAAUCAGCUCAUCAUGAAUCUAGUUGACCUUUUUGUUAGUUUGUAGGGUUCAAACAUCUAACUGAACAGUAAUGGUUUUAUUUGAUUUGAUUACCGUUUACAUGUUAAAGCCCUUUUUUGUGAUAUAAAAAAAUAAAGAAAGGUAAAUUAGGUUAAUUCUGAUGGCUUUAAACUGGAAAGAACUGUGUUUUAAAGAGGAUUAUCUGAUACUGUAUGUAUUCAUAUAUUCAUACUGUUUAUAUCAUGUGAAUAUUAUAAUAUACAUUUUUACAUUAGUUUCACUCUCUGAAAUGAAAUGUUAAUCAUUUAUCCACACUGAGUCUGAAUACAUGAUAUCCUCUCUUAUUAAAUGUGAACUACAGUUUAUUAUGAGUAACUCUUUGCCAUCACGUCUGCUGUGAACGGUCGUUAAAUUCACAUUUUGAUUUUUUUGGAAUAUUUUUAUUGCUCUCGUGAUGAAUGAGAUUUUUACACAUUGUCUUAAAAUGUCUUAAAAACAAUAAUUAUGUAACUUUGUAAUGAUAUUUUUAGAAGAACAGCCCGUGCUUCACUAGAUUUUGUGCAUUUAUCCAGGAAUGAGAUUGUUGAUUUUUCAAAAUGAAUGAUUUAAUUAUAUGAAGAAGUUUUGUUUUUUUGUAGCUUGUGUAAGAAGUAAGCGAUUUCUAUCCUGUAAUAAAUCUGUCAUCACA